GUUUUCUCGCGUGGUGGCGUGCCCUAUUAGGUGUUGCCUUCCUUUUUUGUGCCUAACACUUUACCCACCAUGACUGACGACAGGUAUGCCAUGAAAACGCUCGACAAUGACGGUAUCCACCGGACGCUGCUCGGCGGCGACGAUGACGACGACGAAGAUGGGGAGAAUGAGACUCUCAUUCAGCAGCAGCCAGUGCCAUCAGAUCCGCGGUUCGACCGACCAAUUCCAUCACCGUUCGUUCGCGCAGGGCUGCUGCUAUUCGUCGCCUUUUUGUUCUGGUUGGCGUUUUCACUACGAAAGGUUGUGUGGGAGGGUAAAUCUACAGAAAAGUAUGACUUGGGAUCUGUCAUGGUCGUGCACCGUGGCUGACGACGAUGUCACAGGUCGUCAGAUACAUCUUGGUGAUGAAGAGGGAAGGUAGAUGAUGACCGCAAAAUUGUGUUGGUGGUGAAAGCGUAUGUCGGCGUCUUGCAUUAUUUAUUUAUUGCAUACGAUAUAGUGUGGUGAGAGCUGAGUGUUCAUCUUGUUCGCUUUCUUUUACUCAUCUCGCAUAAAG